AUGACGGCCACGGAACAGCAACAAGACGACUUCUCCAACGUCUCGUGGAGCGAACACGUCCACGACCAGACAUCUCGCUCUGUUCCUCCCGCCGAAGAGCCAGGCCAUGAUAUGAAUGCGCCCGGUACGGGGCUGGAGAUAGAUGCCCCCUCGCUGGGGAAUGAGGUCCUCGAGUGCACUGUUGGAACGCCCAUCAAGGAAAAUGACGGGACUAAGGAUGCUUUUGUCUCGUAUCUCAUCACCACAAACUCGACAUUCUCUGCCUUCCAGCGCUCAACUACAACCGUCCGCCGCCGCUUCACAGACUUCGUUUUCCUCUACAAACAACUCACCCGCGACUAUCCCGCCGCUGCCGUGCCCCCUCUGCCCGACAAGCAACGCAUGGAGUAUGUCCGCGGCGACCGCUUCGGCUCUGACUUUACCGCCCGCCGCGCCCACUCCCUCCAGCGCUUCUUGAACAGACUGUCUCUCCAUCCUACACUGCGCCGCGCUCCGAUCCUGCAUACGUUCCUCGAGAGCCCUGACUGGAAUGCUACCAUGCGCAGUCGUGGUGCACGAGCGAGCUCUGCGAGUGAUCCUGGAUCUGCGGGGGUGUUUGAUAACUUUGCUGAUACUUUCAUCAAUGCUUUUACGAAGCUGCAUCGUCCGGAUCGUCGGUUCCUUGAGGUCAAGGAGAAGAGCGAUAAGCUUGAUGAUGACCUGGGACAUAUUGAGAAGGUCAUUGCUAGGGUUGCUAGAAGGGAGACGGAUUUGGAGGUGGACUUGAGAGAUCUUGCAGAGCAGUUUCAGAAGCUCAUCCCACUUGAACCUCAUGUGGAGCCCGCAGUUCACGGCUUCUCUGCUUCUAUCGAAGACACAGCGACUCAUCUACGGAAACUCAAGGACGUCACUGAUCAAGACUACCUUGGCUCCCUGCGCGACAUGCAAGCUUAUUCCAUCGCCCUUAAGAACCUCCUCAAAGCCCGCGAGCAGAAACAGCUCGACUACGAACAACUUACCGAAUAUCUCAACAAAUCCACCACCGAGCGCGAUACCCUCCAGUCCGGCCAUCACGGCGGUUCCGGCGCUGGAAGCUUUCUGCGCGCCAAGAUCGAAGACGUGCGGGGCGUAGACCACGAGCAAGCACGCCGUGAGCGCACGCGCAAGUUGGAGCUCCGUGUUGAAGAGCUAACCCACGAGGUUGAGAGCGCACGCAAGACGAGCGACAUGUUUGACGAUGAGGUUGUCAAGGAGGUCGCUGAUUUCGAGCGCAUCAAGAGGAUUGAGAUGAAGAGUCAGCUGGGAGGUCUCGCAGAUGCGCACAUCGAGUUCUAUGGCGAGGUUGCUAGUAUUUGGGAAAAGUACGUCCAGGAGAUGGAGAAGGAGAGCAUCACGAGUGCGUAG